AUGAUAUUAUACACGUUGCAUUGUCUUAUAAUAAUCGUGUUACAAUGGCCAACUGAGGCCAACGAUGUCCAGUGCGGCGGGAAUACAGGUAUCCCAAAAUACCACCUCCUGGAGAAAUGCCACCGGUCCAACCUCGGGAUCGUGGCCAGGGAGUACUUCACCUCGCUCACCAGCUGCCAGAGACUUGGCAUAGAGAAGAAGGCGCUGGCACUGAACUUUAGUCCGCCGGGACUGAACUUGACUGAGCGGCUGGAGUAUACCUGUGAGCUGCUGAAGUGUGCGGAGUCUGACGGUGGACUGUCCUUGGUCAAUGAUACGAAUUUCGACUAUUAUAGCAUUUACGGCAAACCGUUACCAUCCAUAAACUCGACGUGCGUGUCCGGGACCGGCAUGUUCCACCUCAGCGCUACAAGGAUGAACUUCACGCAGGCGCAGCAGGCCUGCCGCAACCGCAGCUCCGUGCUGGCCGACGUCGUCAGCGAGCAGAGGACUGACUCCCUGGCGCAGCUGCUGGCGGCGUCUCAGGUGGAGAGCGCCUACUGUGGGCUGUGGAGGGAUAACAGUAGCGGCUAUUACAGCGCUAAUGGUGACAGGCUGGCUUGCAGCACGUAUCGAGCUUGGGCGCCCGGACACCCGCGGCGGCGGCUGCCUUGCGUAGUGCUCACCCGCCAUCGCACUUGGAAGUCCACCAGCUGCAUCAUCACCUACCCCGUGCUGUGCGAGCUGAUACCUGGCGGACCGUACAGACCGAGAUCUAUAUUCGCUUCUAGGAAAAAUAAUGGUAUCGUCUUCUCCUCUAAUAUUAUUGAAAUAAUAGUAUAA